UUGACCUCCAGAUGAUGACGUAUGCGGAAGUGACAGGGAAACAACACAGAGGUACGCUGGAAGGACGAAAUUCUCUCUGGAAAACGGUUUGGAACAGAUGCCCUAAACCAGCUUUACCUCGCUUGCAGCCCAUGCUACACUAUAGACGAAACAAAGCGGCAGAUACAUGUAUAGAUAGCCACUUGUCAACAAGUUGCUGAGUGAUGUCUGAAGCGGAGACGGACCUGCUGAGGAUCCUGAGUGGAGAGACUCCAGGACCGUUUGUGUGUGAUGUGGACCCCAUAGGGGCUGACUCAGACAAAGAACAUGUGAUAGCAAAGAAGACCGCCGGCUGGAUCGUGUGCGGUGUUCUGCUGAACGACCAGGGACAGGUGCUGAUGAUGCAGGAGGCCAAGAGGUCAUGUCGGGGCACCUGGUACCUCCCCGCAGGCAGGAUAGAACCCAAUGAGACCUUCCAGGAAGCUGUAUGUCGAGAGGUUGAGGAGGAGACAGGCCUGACCUUUGAACCCUCCACCCUCCUCAUGGCAGAGGUCAACGGGGGUCACUGGGUCAGGCUGACCUUCACGGGGACGGUCACGGGAGGGAAGCUGAAGACUCCUGCUGAGGCAGACGGGGAAUCCCUGCAGGCACGCUGGUGCAGUGUGCAGGACGUCAGGACAGAAAACGACAUGCCCAUCAGAGCCAAGGACAUCUUCCCCAUCAUAGACCUGGCUGUGCAGCACCAGUCCACACCAGAGUCCCAGAAACCCCCAUGUGUACUCCCAGUCUUACAGGCUCACAAGUUUGUCAGUCUCAGGCUUGUUCUACUCAAGGGGUGCUCAGAAGGGACUGUUCCAGAGUUACUGGUGAGAACCACCCCCACCCCCCACCUUCCCACCACACGGAUGUUACUCAAGGACUGGUCCAUUAUCUUACCUCUACUCAGGCUUCUUAGGACAGCUCUGGUGCUUACGGGUGAUGCACUUUCAGGUAAACUGCCAAUCCAGCUUGUAGGUGUGUUAGGUGUUGAACACCUGGGAAAACCACAUGGCCUCGCUGAUGGCAUCUGUCUCACCUUACUCUAUACACUUGCAGUCGGGGAAGACACGCCUCCAGAGACAACUCAUGAAUAUUCAUGGUGUCCAGUGACCAAUGAGGAGUUGAGAGCAAGGCUGAUUGACACUUGCGAGAACAACAAAUGUAUAAAGUUCAAAGUGCAUUAGAAAGAAUAGAUAAGUCAACUUCUUGCCAAAUAUUAUGUUAAAUUUUUUUAAAAUCAUUCUCCUAUGGAAACAUUUAAUUUCAGGUCAUUUGCAAUUACAUGUAUCUUUGUGAAGUUUUGAUAUAUGUAGAUACUAAAUUAGACUAAAUCUAAUUGCUUCCAUGAAAAAUUGUAUUUUGUGAUUUAUAUGUGUAGCCAUCUCUUAUCAAAAUAUACUCUUUUGCUGUGUUUGAGUUUUUAGUUUGACUAGUAUAAACAAUUAAAAGUCUGACCAGUUUAUACUCUUCAUGUAAUUAAGUGCCUGUCAGGACAGGUUGAUUCAAAACAGCUCAACAAAGUUACAUUUUUACACAUUUAUUGGGUAGAGAGAAGAAACAUGUGGACAAAGCGUAUCACAUCAUCUAAGGUGUGCUUUCUAUCAGUAUCAAUUUUAACAGGUGGCACUUGUGCAAGCAAUACUGAGGAAUAAAUACUGUAUGUAGUUUUGCAGUUAGGUAAAGAAAAGGAAUGGCAUCGAAAUCUAUACAGAAUCCUCUUCCUUUGAGUACAGUGUGCAGGUACAUACGUGAAGCAUUAAAGAUGCACCAUACUUUCCUAUUCUAUGUAUAUCACUUACAAAUACAUGUACUUUGUUUGUAGCUAUCGAAGCAUCUGCUUU